AUGACUACCUUAAAUCACACUGGUGUCAGCCACACAGUCUUCCACUUGCUGGGCAUCCCCGGCCUUGAGGAGCAGCACAUGUGGAUUUCCAUCCCCUUCUGCAUUUCCUAUGUCAUCACCCUGCUUGGGAACAGCCUGCUCAUCUUCAUUAUCUUCACAAAGAGCAGCCUCCAUGAACCCAUGUACCUCUUCCUCUGCACCCUGGCUGGAACAGACGUUGUCCUCUCCACAUGCACAGUACCUCAGUCUUUGGCCAUCUUCUGGUUCCGUGCUGGGGAGAUCUCUCUGGACCGCUGCAUUGCUCAACUCUUCUUCAUCCAUUCCACCUUCAUCUCUGAGUCAGGGAUCUUGCUGGUGAUGGCAUUUGACCGCUACAUUGCCAUAUGCUACCCACUCAGAUACACCACUAUCCUUACACAUGCACUGAUUGGGAAAAUUGGUGUGACUAUCUUUCUGAGAAGUUACUGUACAGUAUUCCCCAUGAUAUUUCUUCUGAAAAGACUGACUUUUUGCAGAAGUAACAUUCUUCCACACACUGCUUGUGAGCACAUUGGGUUGGCCAAAUAUUCCUGUGAUGACAUACGAGUAAACAUCUGGUAUGGGUUUUUUGUCCUAAUGUCAACAGUGAUCUUAGAUAUUAUGCUAAUUUGUGUUUCAUAUAUGCUUAUUCUCCGUGCCGUCUUUCGCAUCCCUUCCCAAGAUGCUCGCCACAAAGCUCUCAACACAUGUGGCUCCCAUGUCUGUGUCAUCAUCCUCUUUUAUGGGCCUGGCAUCUUCUCAGUCCUCACUCAGCGCUUUGGACGCCACAUCUCACCCCAUAUCCAUAUCCUGGUGGCCAAUGUCUGCUUUCUGGCUCCUCCUAUGAUGAAUCCCAUCAUUUAUGGGAUCAAGACCAAACAGAUCCGGGACCAGGUGACUCAUAUCUUGUUUUCAAAACAGGUAUGA